AUGGAGCCAACCUCGCGGCCGUGGGACGACGAGGAAGUGCAGUAUCCGUCGAGGAAGGCAGCCGCCCCAGUAGAUAAGAUAAAGACCAGGAAGUUGGAUAGCAGUGGUUGGGAGUAUGUUAGCUUCUGUGGUCUUGAAACGUUCGCCGAGGAAUUAGAUGACAAGGACAUCGCAGGAGUGGAAGACGUCAUUUAUCAACUUGAAAGGACUGGACAGCUAUUCUCCUUUCUGUCAACGAUAGAAAAAUAUAAUGUUUUCCGGAAAUGUCAUAGGACAGCAGAUAAUAGCAAUGAUUUAAAAGGAAAGUUUUAG